GCUCCUGAGACCUGCGGCCGGCCCCCAGCAGCUCUGCCCCUCCCCUCCCCCUGCCCCUCUGCAGACGGGGACUAUGACGAGCUAACCCACUGAGGGGCACAGUCUCGCCUGGACCCCACAGCUUCACACCAGGCCCCAACUCUGCCACAGGGAGCCACGUCACCAUGGCUAACUACUACGAGGUGCUGGGGGUGCAGGCCGGAGCUUCUGCUGAUGACAUCAAGAAGGCCUACCGCAAACUGGCCCUGCGCUGGCACCCCGACAAGAACCCCAACAACAAAGAGGAGGCCGAGAAGAAGUUCAAGCAGGUGUCCGAGGCCUACGAGGUCCUGUCCGACCCCAAGAAGCGCUCCGUGUAUGACCGUGCGGGCUGUGAUGGCUGGCGGGCAGGCGGCGGGGCCAGCACCCCACACCGCAGUCCCUUCGGCAGCGGCUACACCUUCCGCAACCCCGAGGACAUCUUCCGAGAGUUCUUUGGUGGCCUCGAUCCCUUCUCCUUCGACUUUUGGGACAGCCCGUUCGGGGGCAGCGAGCGUGGUGGAGGCAGCGGCCGGGGCACCGGCCUGCGCAGCGCCUUCUCGGGCUUCGGCGAGUUCCCGGCCUUCAUGGAGGCCUUCUCGUCGCUGGACGCCCUGGGCCGCAGCGGGUCCCGCACCUCCUUCUCGGCUGCCGCCUUCGGGGGCUCUGGCUCAGGAAGCUCGGGCUUCAAGACAGUGAUGUCGUCCACUGAGAUGGUCAAUGGGCACAAGGUGACCACAAAGCGCAUUGUGGAGAAUGGGCAGGAGCGCGUGGAGGUGGAGCAAGAUGGGCAGCUCCGUUCGGUGACCAUCAAUGGCAAGGAGCAGCUCAAGCGGGUGGACAACAAGUGAGCGCCCGCCACCCGCAUGGUCUUGGUUGCAUCCCUGUCCCUGCGCCUGGGCCGUGCCUGGGCCACAGUGGUAGCUGAGGUUAAUAAAGGUGCCUGGCAGUGA